AUGCUAGGUUUCCCGGGAUGUCUUAUUGAUGCCUCAGAAUGGGACCUUCCUCGGAACUUGGAGGUCAGUGUGACGUGUUCCAAGGGCAAGAUGUAUGCAGUCUUCUUUGGACAGAAAAUUAACUACAUUUCCGUGAUUACCUUUACUGACACCAACACGUACAGGCAACGUCGGGCUAUGUGGAAGUCGUAUGAAGUCUGGUUGGACCACCAGGUGAUCCCGAUAGAACAGCGCUGUAACUUCAUCACCCAGGACCUUGUUGACGCUCAACACCCGAGCGUAUACAUGCGUGGACUAAUUCUCAAGGCUAUGGAUAAUGCUAUCAUGAAGUCUGACGGUGUCGAUUUCACCCAGGAGUUCCAGUUUGAAAAUCAGGCCAUCGACAAGGUGCAUAAUUACCUGGCUAUGGAGGAAGUG